AUGAAGAAAACCUUGUUACUAGAGCCUGCAAUUUCCUUAUAUAUGUUUGCCUAUUCUGUGACCUCUCCUCUAAAGCAGCAAUAUAUAUACAAGAGGAUCUGGGAAGAAACGACCAACUCUACCUUCAUAGUUCAAGAUAAUAUUUCUCAUUGUGAACUGAAUCAAAGCAACCCAACCUAUGAGAAGCAAAAGGAAGUCCAAGAAAAAACCUCCCUCUUUGCUAUGAAAACAGACUUAUGUGGGGCAGUUUUCAGCGUUUUGGUGGCCUUUGUCCUAGUAGCGAACGGAGAUCGAUAUGGACGCAAAAUAUCAUUGGUUCUUCCCCUGGUGGGGAGUCUUACCAGCAGCAUCUUCCUCUUUGUUAUGUCAGACUUGUCUUUGCCCCUGUACCUUUUCUUUGUUUUCUCCUUGGUUGGUGGACUGUUUGGAGACUUGGCUACUUUUCUUGGAGGAGCCUUUUCCUUUGUAGUUGAUUGCUGUGAGACUCAGAGACAAAAGACCAUCCGAAUAGCCGUGGUUGACUUAAUCUUUGGAUUCGCAUCUGGAUUGGGAGGAUUGAUCUCAGGAUACAUUCUAAAAGAAAUAGACUUUAUGUGGACAUUUGCCAUGAUUUCUCUAUUUCACGUGGUCAACAUUUUUUAUGUCAUAUUUUGCUUGGAUGAAACCGUGAAAGUCUCUGCAUUCCAGACACAGUCUUGGCGGGAAGGUCUUAAAGACACUCUUUCUGGAGUAUAUAUGCUCUUUAAAUCCUCAUCCUGUAAGAAGCNUAACCACUAUGGUGGACAAAGAAUCCUUGCCUGUCUAGUAUACAUUAUUCCAAAUCCUUGCCAUAUUUCCUACUUUGCCCAACAAGAUGUUGUGGUUUUGGGUCCAAAGUUUCAUUGUGGUGAAUAUGCCUCUGAAGAAAAAUAUUCACUAAAAAUUGUGGAUGUUUCAAAUCCACAACCUUCACAUUAUUGGUAA